CUGUAUGAAAAAGGGGAGGAAAGCGAAAGAGACUAGGAUUGCAAAAAACUAUCUAAGAGACAAGAGUCCUGCAGCCGAAAACAGGACCACAUUCUGUGGAGGGGAUAAAACAGAUACGCAAUGAGCUUCUUCAACCAGAAGAAGAAAAUAAACUGAUGAACUAUAGUCCUUUUAAGGAAGAGGAAAAUAAUAUAGGUCUUACGCUUAUCUUUAAAACAAAACAGAAAAAAACAACUUUGCAUUAAAAUGGCCGUUCGCAGCAACACCUUAACGUCAUUCUCCAUCCAGGCUAUUUUAAAUAAAAAAGAAUAUAACAGACAUUCGAACGAUUUGGAUGUAGCCUGUUUUGCAAAGUCAUCCUGCUGGAAAAUAUUUGGGGAUGUGGAUACUAGAGUAUCUGAAGGCUUUUCUUCCCCAUCUAAAAGCGAAGGAGAGGCGGGCAUGGUGAGCGACCAGAAGAGCUAUGAUUCAGAUUCGGGUGUCAGUGAAGAGAAUGACAUGAAGACCCGUCCUGUCUGUAAAUCAGAGAAAGAUAAUAUGGAACUUUCAACCUCAGCAUUAUUGGAAGACAGUUUCCACGAUGAAACGGAUCAUGAAUCCACAGCAAUGGAGAGUGCUCAAAUUCUUAGUGACUAUGAGAUGUCAGCAAAUGUGUCUGAUUCCAACCACCCGGAAGAUGCUACAUGCGAUAACAGCUCGGAACAGCCUAAGCAGAGGAAGAAGCGAUCAAGGGCCGCUUUCUCCCACGCGCAGGUAUUCGAGUUGGAACGGCGAUUCAACCACCAGAGGUACUUAUCCGGACCCGAGAGAGCCGACCUGGCGGCCUCCCUAAAGCUGACCGAAACUCAAGUUAAAAUCUGGUUCCAGAACCGCAGAUACAAAACCAAACGUCGCCAGAUGGCUGCUGAUUUAAUGGCCUCAGCCCCCGCAGCCAAGAAAGUGGCGGUGAAAGUUUUAGUUCGGGAUGAUCAGAGACAGUACAACCCAGGAGAACUAAUAAGACCGCCGCUCCUGUCCCUUCAGCCAUCCUACUACUAUCCUUAUGCAUACUGCCUCCCUGCAUGGACACUGUCUGCGUGCGCUGGGAAUCAAUGAAACUAUUUCAGAAAGAAACAAAAACCUCCGACACCAAACUGAAACACAACAGUAUUUAUUAUUAAUAUUUUUUUUCCUUCAAAUAAAGACACUUAUUUUAUUGUGAUUUUUAAAACCUAAAACUGCCCAGUGCAGAAUGUUUCAUGGUAUCCAUGUAUUGACUAUUUAUAGCAUUAUGGAUUAUAGUGAAAGUACUAAGGACUUCCUUUCCAUCAUAUCGAUUUAAUGAGAAUCUCAGUGUUGGACUAUUAUUGAUUACCACAAACAAGCGUGCCUCUUGUUGCUGAAUGUAUGGACUAUUUAGAAUCUGCAGUUUUUACUUAAUUGUUUCUUUUAUUCAAAUUUUACAUGACAGUAAUAGUAAAAAGGGCAGCGAUGUCACAGACUUUGAGACCUCCCAAAUACCACGAGCUGUUCCUGUUUUUCUUACUGAGAUUAGGGUAAGACUUUUCAGCACUUUGUCCACAUGUAGCUUAUAUAGUUUCUUUGUGUGUAUCUCAGUUCAAGCUUGCUGUAAAAUGUUUCGGCCGUGUAUUUGCUUACUCCAAGUGCCUUCUGGGCCAAUAUUGCAAGAAGGUUUAGACACCAACAAUAAUGACUUUGAAUUAAAAUUGAUUUUUAUUCCAGAAAUGGUGCGUUAUUUGUUCUCCACAGAAUAUAAACACAUAGGCCUAUUGUAUGUAUGCUCUCUGAGAGACUAUAUGCUUUAAAUUAUAAAUAAAAAACUUCUGAAAAGUUAA